AUGUUCUCACGAACAUCUCGCGUUGUUGUAGCCUCUGUUGCCGGAUUACUCUGUACUACCUAUUUUCUCCUACCUGGACAUGCGUCGAUAUUGGGACCUGGAGGUCAACAGCCAUUUGUGCUGACGGAUCAGGAACCUCAACUUGUGAAGAGAGUCGCUGUUAUUGGUGCCGGAGCAGCGGGUUCAUCGGCAGCGUACUUUCUAAAAGAGUAUGCCGAAAAACAUGAUUACAGAGUCAACAUUACUAUCUACGAAAGGAAUAACUAUAUUGGGGGGAGAACGACCACUGUUGAUGCGUACGAUGAUCCGGAGGAACCUGUUGAGCUGGGAGGGUCGAUUUUCGUCGAAGUGAAUAAGAAUAUGUUCGAUGCUGCAAAGUUGUUUGGUCUACCAAUUGCGGAGUUCAAUACUGGGAGUACGGAUGGGGCAGCUGAACUUGGAGUAUGGGAUGGGAAGCAGUUUCUGAUCACUAUUGAUGGCGGCGGGCUGUGGGAAACCAUCAAGCUAGUAUGGAGAUACGGACUGUCCCCGCUCAGGACACAGAAUCUGGUCAAGAAAACAGUUGGAAACUUCCUCAAGAUGUAUGAGGCACCGGUGUUUCCUUGGAAGUCCCUUUCUACGACGGCUUAUGAACUAGAACUUUUACCUGCUACUACGAAUACUGGGUUUGAAUUCCUAAAAGCGAACAAUAUCAACCCACCGUUUACAACGGAAUUGAUCCAAGCGUCAACUAGAGUUAACUAUGCCUCUAAUCUUGGUCAUAUCCAUGGCCUCGAAACAAUGGUUGCAAUGUCGACCGAUGGUGCCAUGGCAAUAGCUGGUGGAAACUGGCGUAUCUUCGACAAAAUGGUCCAGACUUCAAAAGCCGGCCUACAUCUAGAAACUAGAGUUACCAACAUCGAAAGGGUUCAAGGCAAGCACACAUGGACCGUCAAUGCGCUGAAGUUAGAGGAAGGUGUAGAAAUACAAUCGUUCGAGGAUGAAUACGAUGAAGUUAUUAUCGCGACACCAUGGCAGUUUAGCAACAUCACAUCUCAAUCGAUCCCUGCCCCGGAGGAAAUCAAAUAUGUGAACUUGCACGUCACAUUAUUUGCAUCGCCAUACCGACUUUCUCCAAAAUAUUUCAAUUCUGACGAGGACCUUGUUCCGGAUAUGAUUCUUACGACUAUUCCAGAAGGUUUCGACCCGCAUUAUCGUACGGUUGGGCCAGCCAAGUUCUGGAGCGUUAAUAUCUUAAGGACUUUGGAUAGGAAGUUGGAGAAUGGUGUGAAGAGGAGGGAAUACUUGUAUAAGAUCUUUUCACCAGAACCUUGGAGUGACGAGCAAAUUCAUGAGAUGAUGGGAUUGCCUAAGGAUACUAAGAAUGCUUUAUCAUGGUCGCAUAGGAAACUCUGGCAAGCAUACCCUGCUGAAGAGCCCAGGUCCGCAUUCCAGGAAGCACAGCUUGACUUUGGAGUUUGGUAUACAGCCGGUAUGGAAGCUUUUAUUAGCUGCAUGGAAACGAUGAGUUUGUCAGGCAAGAACGUUGCGGCGAACAUUGUGGAGGGGUGGGUUUCUGCACGGCGUAGCGAGGAAGUACCAGGACAGCACGACAAGCCAGUAUAG